AGGACCGCCAUUUGCACGCGCCAUCUGGCACUCGCUGCUCGCGGUUAAGUAUCACGUAUAUCGUGAGUUCAGAGUUUCCUCUCGUAGAAGACGAGAUUACUAUCGUUGGCGUUGUAUCGAGGUUGACCGAGGUGCAACGGAUCUCGUGAGCAUUGUUGCGGUAUGUGUACAAAGGAAAAAGCAAUUGUAUGCUACAAAUUACAGAAUGGACAGCUAUAAUACUGUAAUUGGCACUAGAUUCUUCAAUGAUUAAGUAUCAUCUCAGGUAUAAGUGAAGACAUGUAUCUUGAGCAAAGAAGUAGAAAAUAUUGGAUACCGAGGUAAAUGUUGCCACAUGUUACAGAACAAGUACAAGCGAUUCUAAAGAACAAGAAGAAAAAGAACAAGAUGUCGAAUCCUGAGACCAGCAAGCGCGAUCACAAUUACAGUGAAUCGAAACCUGAACAUGCCAACAAUGGUACCAGUAAUGCUGCUAAGGUAUCCAAAACAGGAUCUGUCGUAGGUCAAAUUCGAGAUAUCGACGAGCUGAAAAAGAUUGCACCACGCGUCCGUCUACCAGAUACCGAGAGCUUGAACGAGUUAACAAGGAUUUCAUCCCUGAGUAACAAGUCGCAGAAGAGCGAUGCAUCCGUUCUGGAAAGAACGCGGCAAGAACUGAGAAAAUACUGUCGCACCUGUGCUGGCUUAAAAUUGCCCUUGGUGGAUAUAUUUAGUGAGAAGGGCAUCAAAUUGCGAUUGAGUCAGCAAAUUAAGCAUCUCGAAGUGAAUCCUUACGAUAGUCUCUCCACACAGAUGUGCAUGGAUUGUAUCUGCGACCUUAGAAUGAGUUAUAAAUUUUUUAUGCAGAUAAAAAAAGCUGAGGUAAAACUCAAAUCUAUCCAUGUUAAUCUCACGACUGAUAAUGCCACGAAGAUGGUAACGUUGACCGACAAGCCAAUUUUAACAACAAAUGAGAAAAAGCAUCCAUCUUAUUCAGAAACAAAGCAGGAAUUCCAAUUAUUCCCCCCAAUCCAACAAAAUCUAUCUUUAUCGUCUACGAAGCAUGAAAACCAAACGACUGAAGAUCAAGCAAACGACUCUGUCCCCAAAAUCUGUGCUAUCUUUUCCUUGAAAAACGAAUCAAAGGUGAAUUCUGAAAAGGAGAAGGAGAAGAGGAAGAAAGAAGAAGAAGAAGAAGAAGGGGAGGAAGUGGAGGAGGAAGAGGAGGAGGAACAAGUGAUACAGAUAGGAGGAGGGAUAUUCGAGGAAGUGGCAGAGGGAGAGGAUGAAGAAUCUAUCGAGGAAUUUGAUCCCGAAGAUCCUGCGCUGUUGGAAGAAGACGAUGAAAAAGAAGAAGUACCGUCAAGAUCACCCGCAACCGUCUACAAGUAUGAUAUGGCGGCAAAAUCUUACGUGAAGGUGGAAGGAAGUGAGGAGGGAGUUUCCAUGAAAUCUGAACUCUCUCAGACUUCAGAGGGCGAAGGAGAAAAUCCAAGAGAGGGAAUGAGGCAGCCAAACAUUUUGAAAAGAAAACUGGUAAUGCCAACGAUAACGACGAAGAACGAAGGAGAGGAUGAUGUACAAAACGUAGUAAAGGAGCACAAGGUGCAAAAGUUGGAUACAAACAAUCUCUUGAAUAAUCCUCCCGAAGAGGAUGGAAUUAUGUACGUAACUGUGAAAGGAUCCAAGCCUAAUGAGAUUCUUCUGGUAAAGGUCAAGAAAAUGGACAAACCCGUGGAAGCCAAGCGUGCGAUAACUUCCACUGAUUUCAAGCCUGUUGAACGUUUUCUCAAACGUUACGAAACGCUUACAUCGAAGGAUUUCUCAUCUCGACGUUCCGAUGCUCGCGAGCAAAUAAUUGAGGAACAAAUCGAAGAAUAUAAAAAGAAGCGAGAAAAAGUGCUUGGUCAGAAGCGAGAAAAAGAUCUUGGAGGUCAGUCGGUAAUAACGUUCACCGUGAAUGAAAUGCAAAAGGAAGUAAAAGUAGAAGACAUUUCUGCCAAGGUAAACUUGAGUGCCGACUCGAAGGCAGAAGAAGAAACGACAGUUUUGAAGGAAGAGGAUGAAGAGAGAGAAGUGGAGAAGAAGGAAGAGAAGAUGAAAGAAGAGGAUGAAAGAAUUGACGAAGGUGAAGAAAAAGUCAAUGAUAACACGGAGGAAUAUCUCUCAAAGUUAUCAAGAUUAAAACUAAAGUCGGAAGAGACGAAGCGGAAAAGGGAAAGUUUGCAGAAGAAACCGGACGAAUCAUACAACGACGAGAAUUUGGAGAAAUUAGUAAAAGUUUUGGGGGAAAAGGAAAAGAUGCAGGAAUUUCAAGAAUACUUGAAGCAGCGUAAAAUCGUUCUUACUCGUCUCAAGGACGAGGACAUAAUCUCUCUCUACGAAGAUCGUUUCUCCACCACUUUAAAAUCGCUCCCUAAAUUGUUGCCAGACCUUAUCGACACUCAACCUCCUAUCGAUCCUCUUUCCGAAGAGCGCUAUUUGGAAUGCGAUUACUGUACCGAAACUUUCUCCAACCGCGAUGUCCUCGAGGAACAUCUCAAGUCCCACGACUACCGUAUCCUUCAUUGUUGCGACGACUGCGGAGAAGAAUUUCAAACCAAUAAGGCGAAAAGAAAUCAUAACGUAAUUUGCGAGAGAAAAUUGAUUUGCAAAUAUUGCGACAUAAUUCUGGAUUCGAGAGGAAAAAAACGUCAACACGAGCAGAAACACGUCGAUGCCCUUUACGGUCAACUUUGCGACAUUUGUGGAGAAAGAUUCAAACACCAAGGAACUCUGGAUCAACAUUUGAAAACGCAACACACAAGUUUAGAGAAGAUUUAUCAGUGUCCAAAGUGUCCAAAAAAAUUUGCUUUCAAACAAAAAUUGAGUUUUCAUUUAAAAUCUGUUCAUACGACUCUAAGAGCAUAUCUUUGCGAGGAUUGUGGUGCGGAUUUUAAAAAUCCUGCAAGCUUGAGACAUCAUAGAAUUAGAAAGCAUCAACCGGUUGGAAAUAAAAGGGAAUGUCAAGUUUGCAGGAAAUUGGUACCAUUUUACAGUUUAUCGAAACACAUGCACACGCAUAAAGCUUACAGUAUCCAGUGUCCACAUUGCGACAAAAUGUUCAAAAACAGCUCGACCUUGAAGCAACACGUGAAAAUUCACGAGGAUCAAAGGCAAUAUCGUUGCGAUACCUGUGGCGUUGGAUUUAAUCGAAGGGAUGGUUUGAGGUUGCAUAUGAGGGUGCACGAGAAAACUGGUAGUAGAGGCUUGAAAGAAUGUUCCUGUCAAGUUUGCGGGGAAAAGUUUCCGAAUCAUUCGACUUUGGUGAUUCACAGAAACAGAGAGCACAAGGAUGGAAGGCAGUAUACGUGUCACAUUUGUAACAGAUCAAUGAUUUCGACGAGAUCGCUCGAGUGGCACAUGUCGCAUAUUCACAACGAAUUGAUGCCAGGUGUUACUCGGGACGAAAAAAAGCGUGUUUCCUGCUAUCAUUGCAACAAGACUUUCAAAACGGAACUGAUUCUUCGUACGCAUAUAAAAAAUACACACAUGGAGAAGGAUCCGUUAAAGUGCACCGACUGCGAGGCUAUCUUCACAUCCGAAGUACGUCUGCGUCAUCACAUGAUGGUUGUGCACAAUCGUCUCGAGGGUACUUUGGCAUGCCCUCACUGUCCGAAACGAUUCGUUAAUCAAUUACGGCUAAAGACUCACAUGAUCUCUCAUUCCGAGGAAAGGCCGUAUACCUGCGAGAUUUGUGGUUUCAACCUCAAGACGAAGAUCCAGUUGCUUAAGCAUCAUCAAAACCGACACAGCGACGAGAGACCUUUACAGUGCAGAUAUUGUCCUUGGCGAUGUAAGCAAGUGAGUGCCCUCGUUUGCCAUGAGCGUACGCAUACCAAUGAACGUCCAUAUUCGUGUAGUGUGUGCCGGCAACGCUUCAAAUAUCUCGGCGACAAAAACAAGCACGAACGUCGUCACGAGAGUCUCGGUGGUUCAGGCUUCAAACGUAUCGUGCCUGGGAGAAAUGUCAAAUCAAAGCGCCAAACCGGGGAUACCUCCGGAUCUGAGCACGAGCAGAAGGAUUCGACGAGUCGACAGGACAUGCAACUUAUCGAAGAACAAUACGAGGAACAGCAGGAAGGUCAAUACGAUGAGAAAUUUUCAGAAGAACAGAUAGUUAAAUUCGAACAGGUCAAGUUUGAAGCUCAAGAGGAAUACGGAGAAGUGUACGAACAGGAGUAUGAAGAAAGUUCGAGAGAAGCAUCGGAAGCCACCGAGGUAAUUAUGAACAUGGAGGAUUCCAACGUGUACACGGAGGAGGUUACGGCCGAUAAUAUCGAGUCUGGUGCGGAAAUCAUAACGGAUGAAAUAAUGACGAAUGACAUUUUGCAAUCCGGCGCUACUGUCAUGCAGUUGCAACGCAAGAAUUCAGGGGAGAUUCAAGUGAUACCAGUGGUGUUAUCACUACCCGAUUUGACCGACACAAACGAAGUUAAUCUAGCGACUGCGUCAAUAAUGUACAAUAAUUAGAUUUUAUUUUUCUCGUAGUUUUGCGUGAAUUCAAUGCACUUGUUAAAGAUUCUCGAAUCUUUAAGUUUUUGGAUCCUAUUUGAUCUCUUUAACCGUGGAAAGGUUGGUUAUCAUGGAAUCGUACGAGUGAUGGUACGGCAGCAAAGAUGGCAUUUUGAUUUCUCUUAGAAAUCCUAUGCAAUGUAAAAAAUUGAUUUUUCUUAAAUUUUCUAUACAUGGACAUAAUUUUAUUCUAGAUGCAGGAUGUUCCGUAGGAUUUAUUUUCUUUUUUUUUUUAAAUACACAAACAUCCACACACAAACAAAUACACGAAGAAAACAUUAAUAGAAUAUUUCGUCAAGAAAAAUCAAAGAAAAUUAAUGAAAACCCAAACGAAAGGUUUUACAAAUGAAUCAUCAAUAUUGAAUAUUGGAGAUCGCAGAGUGCUAAGAAGGAAAGGAUAAAGAAGGUGAUGGAGAAGAAACUAAAAAUUUAAAAUUUUUUUAACGAAGAGAGAUAAAAGUUUUCAAAAGCAUUUAUUAUUAUUGCAGAAAAACUUGUAAAAAAGACUUGAUAAAAUGUAUGAAAUUUGAAAAUUGAUAAUUACGAAGAAGAGAUUCUUAUCGAAGGAAAAAGUGCAAAAGACUAUGUAAAAAGGAAACGAAGACUUUUGAAAGCGCUUGUUUUGUAAAAUAGCGCGAUAUACUAUGUAAUUAAACUAUCUUGUAUAAAUCAGCGAGUGUGAUACGUGCGUAUGUUGCGUGUGUUGUGACAUGAUUAAAUAAAUCAUUCUCUGUAUUACCAUAUUGAAUCAAUCUUUACAAAGAUUGUAUUGGGCGCUUCUUCACAAUGAAUCGUUUAUUCUCUAUUUGCAUUCCCUGUUUUCUGCACCUUUUUUUAGAUAUUUCUUUUAGAGUGAAAAGUUUUAAUAUCGUCAUCGUCAUAUCAUCAUUAUUAUUAUUAUUAUUUUCCGUUUUUUUUUCUUUAAUACAUUUUGAGUGCAAAAGAUGAAAAACGAAAUGUGUACGUAUCUGACGUGAUGCAAUCACAUGUAUAAAAGACCUUAUCUGUCGAAAUCACGAAAUCUGUUUUUUUUUUUUUUAGCUGCACUUACUGCCUCUUAUUUCAACAAACCUUACAUGUAUUUGUUUUCAUUAAUUUAUUUCAAGUGCAGGAAAUGCAGUUAAAAAAAUAAUUUGAAUAUUUAAUACGAUUUAAAUAUUCUCGCUACGUGUUCUUGUACUCUCUUUUUCCCUUUUCUCUAAAUCUUGAAUUUAUCUUUCUAGAUAUAUUAUUAAUUCAUUGUAAAUGCAAACAAAACAGUGUAACAUAACACGAUUAAAAAACAGACUAUGCUUUUAGUACAUUACUUAUAUACAAUGUUAAUGCUUAUAUUUUACGGAAAUAGUCGAGGUAACGAACUCAGCUUAUACCAUACAUGUUAAGUCUUGGAUAAGAUAUAAUAUAUGUGAUAAGAAAUA